AUGUCCUAUAUAUCAACAACUGGUCCAAGAACUUUGUAUGACAAGGUAUUCGAUGACCACGUCGUUCACAAAGAUGAGUCAGGCUCCUAUCUUUUAUAUAUCGAUAGACAUUUAGUGCAUGAAGUAACUUCUCCCCAAGCUUUCGAAGGUCUGAAAAAUGCUGGGAGAAAAGUUAGGAGGAUCGACUGUACUCUGGCUACAGUUGAUCACAACAUUCCAACCGUGUCUAGAAAGAAUUUCAAAUCAACUGCUACUUUCAUUGAACAACCAGAUUCCCGUUUACAAGUUGAAACAUUGGAGCAAAAUGUGAAAGAUUUUGGUGUGACGUUUUUUGGUAUGUCGUCGUCAAGACAAGGUAUUGUUCACGUUAUUGGUCCGGAGCAAGGCUUUACCCUGCCAGGUACUACUGUUGUUUGUGGUGACUCUCACACUUCUACACACGGUGCAUUCGGUUCUUUAGCUUUUGGAAUUGGUACUUCUGAAGUUGAACAUGUUAUGGCCACACAGACAAUUAUUCAAAGUAAAUCCAAAAACAUGAAAAUUUUUGUUGAGGGUACGUUAUCUGAUGGUAUCACUUCAAAGGAUUUGAUUCUUCACAUCAUUGGUGUUAUUGGUACUGCGGGUGGUACGGGAUGCGUCAUUGAGUUUGCAGGAGCUGCUAUUGAAGCUUUGUCAAUGGAAGCACGUAUGUCUAUGUGUAAUAUGGCUAUUGAAGCAGGUGCCAGAGCAGGUAUGAUUAAACCAGAUGAAAUCACUUUUGAAUACAUUAAAGAUAAGCCUUUGGCUCCAAAGGGCGCUGAAUGGGAGAAAGCUGUCAAAUACUGGAGAACUCUGCACACUGAUGAGGGUGCCAACUUCGAUCAUGAAGUCGUUAUAAAGGCGUCUGAUGUUGUUCCAACUAUCACAUGGGGUACCUCUCCACAAGAUGCUCUUCCAAUCACUGCAUCCGUCCCUGAUCCUUCGAAGGUUACCGAUCCUAUCAAAAAGUCAGGCAUGGAAAAUGCAUUGAAAUAUAUGGGCUUAACCCCAAACACUCCAUUCAAACAGAUUCCGAUUGAUAAGGUUUUUAUUGGUUCUUGUACCAAUUCCCGUAUUGAAGAUUUAAGAAAUGCAGCUGCGGUUGUUAAGGGAUACAAAAAAGCUACCAACGUGAAAUUAGCAUUGGUUGUUCCAGGUUCCGGUUUGGUUAAAGCACAAGCUGAAAAGGAAGGUUUAGAUAAAAUUUUUGAAGAAGCGGGUUUCGAAUGGAGAGAAGCUGGUUGCUCAAUGUGUCUAGGUAUGAACCCAGAUAUUUUAGAGCCUGAGGAACGUUGUGCUUCCACAUCUAACAGAAAUUUCGAAGGUCGUCAAGGUGCAAAAUCUCGUACUCAUCUGAUGUCACCAGCAAUGGCUGCUGCCGCUGGUAUAAUAGGUCAUUUUUUCGAUAUCAGAGAAUUUCAAUACAAAAAUGGUGACGAGCCAAAGAUAUCUCUUGAUCAAGCGGCCGAAGACAAAGCAUUGCAAGAUGCCGUUUAUGAACAUGAAAAUGAGCCAGUUCAACCUGAUGAAGCUUCUGAAGAAGUCGCUGAAGAAGAAAUCGACGACAUUCCUAUUUCAACUACUACUAAGGCUGAGACAAAACCCGUUGGUAUGAAACCAUUCCAUACACUGAAAGGUACAACAGCUCCUUUGGAUAAGGCAAAUGUUGAUACUGAUGCAAUCAUUCCAAAGCAAUUUUUGAAAACAAUUAAGAGAACUGGUUUAAGAUCAGGUCUCUUCUACGAAUGGCGUUUUGUGAAAGGUGCUGACGGUAAGGAUAAGGAAACUGACUUUGUUUUGAAUGUUGAACCAUAUAGAAAUGCAGAAAUAUUGCUAGUAAGCGGUGACAACUUCGGUUGCGGUUCGUCUAGGGAACAUGCACCAUGGGCAUUGAAAGAUUUCGGUAUUAAAUGUAUCAUUGCUCCAUCUUUUGGUGAUAUAUUUUACAACAACUCUUUCAAGAACGGUCUUCUACCAAUUAGAAUAGACCAACAAACGAUUCUCGAAAAGUUGUUUCCAAUCGCCAAGGCAGGGUCAUCUCUAGUUGUCGAUUUGCCAAAUCAAACAAUUGCUGACAAGGAUGGAAAUAUUCUUGUACAACAUUUUGAAAUCGAACCAUUUAGGAAACACUGUCUAGUCAAUGGUUUGGAUGAUAUCGGUAUUACCAUGCAAAAGGAAGAAUUCAUAACCAAAUAUGAAGCAGUGAGAAGAGACAGAUUUUCCUUUUUGGAAGGUGGUGCUAAAUUAAUCAAACCUGUAAGAGGGACUAAAAAAAGUCCUUUCGGCGUUACCGCGCAGGAGUGGUGA